UUUGCAUAAUUAGUGGACGAUAAGAACUUUGCUUUGAGUCAGUCGAAAGUACAGUGGUUACUGGAUAAAGGUUAGGGUUUUAGGGAAAGUGUAUAUACAUUUUGAAAAGCAAAAAGCUUUCAACUUCAAAUAGGUUAAAACGAAGUUGGAAUUCACAGCUAUAAAGAUACAUUUUAAUAAGUGUUCCUUAUAGCCAUUUACCACUUUUAGUAGCUAUCGCGAACUUGUUGCCCCACUCUAUUUACCUGUGAAAAUAAGCCGAGCAAUCGCUUGGAGAAUAAUUGAAUUCACACCGAAUACAGAACAGCUGACGGGCUUUGGGUCAAAAUGGGGUAAAGGGAUGGGUAAGGCCAAUGUAAGUUGGCGAAUGAAACAGACAAAAAAGCGAUUUCCGAUCCAAUUGGCGUUCCGGCCGAGUGACUCGAGUGUGUGAGCUUGGAGCUGGGUGUGUUCGGGCCAUAAAUAGCCUCGGAUGAAGGCUGUCGAUGAGCUGAGCCCCUUCAGCACCCAUCGUCACCUCGCCGCCACACGCUCUCACCUACAAGGUCAACCUUUAGACCUCAACUUAGCAUCCCAUUUAGGUGAUAAAAGUAUAACAACACACAAAGCACAUAUAACAUAUCUAUAAACACCAACAGAAAAAAGAACCAACAAGUGUUUGUAGACCUUUGGUACAAAAUUCCACUAAUUGUAAUCCGAUUUUUCCUUCACGUAAUGCUCUUUGAAACCAAAAUGAAUCAUCUGGCUGGGGAAAACUGUCCCUCACAAAAUAAUCACUCAAAGGCGAAGUCAACAAACGGAAAUUGUCACUUGUCAAAUUUUCUUUCGCUUUUUCAUUUUCGAGGAGCCUCACACGAGGCAAACGGCACAGAAAGGAAAACUUGAGUGCAGCCCGUAUUAAAUACAAAAUGUCAACGGCUCGUCAAAAGUCAAAUACAUUUUUCAAGAAACUCAAAAGUAUUUUAGAAUCUACACAAACAAAAAAUUGACUUUGAAUUUUGAGUGAAUAGAAACACUAUAAUUAUGUAUAAUUAUAACCAACACUUUCAAUUAACUUGUGUUUUGUUAUAUGGGUUAAAGAUUAACAUAUUUUGUUUUUACUUUAUUUCUAAAUUGAAACAUAAAAUAUUCUUGUGGAUAUACAUUUCUUGAUGUGUAGACAGAUUUAACAUGAGUUCAAUUCGAAUAUUAUUUUGUUGGUUGCAAUUUUACGUUAGAGACUCAACAAUUUCAUAAAGAUCUUUAGGAUUAUUUAUAUUUAUUUUAAAAUUCAUGUAUUUUUUCCGUAUUAUUUUGAUGCAUUCUUAAGUCUCUUCCGUCUUGCAUUUACUUCUUUCCGAACCUCAAACUCACUUUCGAUAUUCUUCGUAACAGAAACCUCGACACUAGAUUUUAUCGUGCUUCGAAUGGCCCGCUUUUAAUGGAAAAGCGUAACUUUCCGCUCUGAAUAUUUUCAUUUAACAGCGAUAAUAACAACAAGCAACCGCAAUAGAAACAACAAGCCGAAAACAAACCACAUGAGCCGCUGAGCCAAAAGCAAAGUUCAGAGUGUAAAUGCGAAGUUUAUGUGAUAAUUGCGAGCGAGUUUGCUGGCAAGUAAAUUGCAGCUUGAAGCUCGAAGCGCAUGAGACAACCUGAUAAUAAUACAAAGUUUAGAAAAAGUGGGUUAGAAUAUUUACAAAUUCGAAUGCUUUAGCCCGACUAAUCAGCUCACUUAGAGAAAAGCAGUACUCCACAAUUUCAAUUCGUCGGAGGCCCAGCGAAGCGUUAACAAAAUGAUUACGAAAAUGUCACAACGAGUAUAUAUAGUAAUAGCCAUUCGGACGACGAAUCAAUUGGUUUCGCAUAUGUCGCAACCAGCAACAGAAAACUGUUCCACUUCGAGCCACCUGCAAAAUGGAAACUCUCGUCAAUAUUUGCACUUUCUUCUGAGUUACAUUCCAAGAAAAGAGAGAGAGGCGAAGGGGAAACUUGUCUAUUUACGCAUAUUUAUGUCUAUAUGUUGGCCGUGUACAAACAAGAAGCCAUCAGCUUCGACAUCAGCCACAGCAUCAUCAUCAUCAUCAUCGUCUUCUUUAGGCAGUCUGUCAAUAGACUGGCAAACGUCAAUUUCAGUUGGGUCAGAAGAAAUUGAAAAUAGAAAGGCGAGGCAGGUGGGGCGGGGAAAACUCGGACGGGGGAAACUAAAAAUUAGAAAACACGAGUACUCCAAGGAAAUAUUCAAAUUUCACAGAAUUUCAAAAAGAACUGAAGCCACAAAAUCAAUUCGAGCCAAUUGCGUUCGACCAGAUUUGAAAUGACCAACAAAAUGAAAAUAAGUUUUGAGGGAAUUUCGACAAAUUUGCACUCCUAGAAAAUGAAUAUUUCUUUGCCAUUUAUAAUUUUUUCUUUGUGAGGUAGAAAAUCCUGCAUAUUGAUAGUACGAAAUCCAACAUAUUGCAAUUUUGUAGGCAAGUUUCAGAGAGAAAUAUUAAUUCAACUGAAAGGUCAUCGAAGUUUUAGUCAUUUAAGUAUAGAAAAUGAAACAGCUGUUCAUAUAACAUAUUCCACAAUGAAAAUGUAAAUUUAGCAUACAUAUAAUUUUGAGUAAGAUAAUGGUCAACCCUUUUAGGUAAACUUCCCAGGGAAAUAACCGAAACUUCAGUGUCAAACAAUUGUCGUUGUUGUAUCUGGAUAAAUAAGCUCGAAAAUUUCACAAUCAUUCCGUUCGUAUAUGUUUAGGUGUCGAACAGUUGUCGGCUUGUUUAGUUUUCCAGUUCGAAACUCCCCGCUUGGGUCUCAAGUUACUUAUUUACCCUGAGUACCUCUCAUAUAUUGUAUAAACACAGACAUUCGUCUCUUGAAAACUCCGCUCAAGCUGAUUAGAGCUUCACACAGGUGUUAUAUAUACAGAAUGGUAGAAAGCCCACCAGAUGGGAGUGGCUAAGUGCUAAGUUGCGCCAGUUGUGCAUAUUUUGGCAUGGAGAGAAAUUCCUAAGGCUUUUUUUUAACAAGCAAACACAUUUUAUAUAAUAAAAUAUAAAAAGUUUUAUACAAAAAGUUUCUUUACCGUUUUUAUGAACCUCAGUUAAUAUUCAAAUACUUUAUAAUGUUAUUAUCCAAUAUGAUACCCCUCAAAGUGUCACAUGAACGGCAAUAAAAAUUUUUUAAGCGAAAGUUGGAUGGAUUAAAACUUGUUGUUUAUUUGCUUUGGAUUUUUCAAUGAUUUUAAUAUCGCAUGGGGGCUCCUUAACGGACAUUAAAUGCAAAAUCAAACAACUGCGCUAUGUGAUCGCCAUAAUAAUCGUAACAAUAAAGGCAAAUAUGGUCCAUCUGUAUGAACAACCCAUACGGGCGGGUCAUGUCCGUCCCAUUAGCGUUUGCUGCGUUGAUGGGGAUGUGCAACAAAUUGAAAGUAAAUAACACAGAACGACAAUAAAAAAUACUGCGUUAUUGCAAAAGGCAAACUGCACUCGCCGGACGAUAUGGCAAAUUAAUUAGUUAUACAAAAAUGGUAGACCAUAAAACGCUGUGCUAAAAAAAGAGUGAAACGCGAUGGUAUUUGUGUGUGUGUGUAUGUGUGUGCCAAAUAAAAUUCAAAUUAUGCACAAGUGAAUAAUUGUGGCAUUUUAAUGGCAGCCCUUGCUAAUAUAAAUACAAAUAAAGUAUGGCUUUUCGUUUUUAAUUUAGCCCUGGAGGCCCAUAAAAAAGCAAAGUAAAGUUUUAGCUAGACAAAAGUAUUUGAACCCUUCGACCUUUUUUUCGUGAGUGUGCGUGUUGGCGCCAUCUAGCGGCCAAUAAAUAACAUGAAAAACCCAAAUAUUAUGGAAUGCAGCAGUUCCUUAAACAACAACAACAACAACAACAACAACAUCAUCAGCAGCAACAAUGGCGGCAAUAUCAACGGAAACGGAAAUGGAAAUGGAAAUGGCGGGACUAGCGAACAGCGCCCCCUAUCGGGCAAAGCCCAUGCAGCAUCUCCACCGCCCAACAACAACAACAACAGCAUCAACAACAACAACACGAUCGUCCGCUACAACAAACUGAACUCCGGCAGCUCCUCCGCGAACUCAUCGCCGCCACAUCAUCAGCAGCAGCACUCGCCGCCGCCGCUGCACCACCAGAACCACCAGAGCCACCCGAACCACCCACUCCACCCGUCAGCCCUGUCCACAAACAUGGCCACAAAUGGCCAUCAGUUGUAUCCGGCGAUAACGGCAACGUAUUGGCUGCCGCCACCGAAUCCGGCGCCAUAUUUAGUUCCAGAGCGAAAACUUUUCGUCGGCAUGCUGAACAAAAAGUACACCGAGGCCGAUGUGAGGCAGCUCUUCACGGGCCACGGAACCAUCGAGGAGUGCACCGUGCUCCGGGAUCAAGCUGGCCAGAGCAAGGGCUGCGCCUUCGUCACAUUCGCCACCAAGCAGAACGCCAUCGGAGCCAUCAAGGCCCUCCACCAAAGUCAAACCAUGGAGGGCUGUUCGGCUCCGCUGGUCGUAAAGUUUGCGGACACGCAAAAGGAGAAGGACCAAAAGAAGAUGCAGCAGAUCCACGCCUUCUGCGGCAUCAACGCCUCGAGCGGAGCGUCGGCAGGUGCGGCCACGCCCACCAUCAAUGCGGCCACAGCACUGAUAGCCGCCCCGCCCACGGCGGUACGUCCGAAUCCUUCGAUGGCGGCCGCUUUGGCGGCAGUGCCGCAGGUUCAGCAGGCCGGAGCUGCAGCGGCUGCACAAACCACACUGGUUCCCAUGAACUCGUCGAGUGCCCUUAGUGCAUCGUUAACGCCCAAUCUCCUGGCCAGCAACGCCCAUCAGGGAGCGGCGGCAGCGGCCCAAACAACUUUGGUUCCCAUGAACUCCUACUUGGGAGCGGAUCCCACGACGGCGGCCCACCUGCAACUCUACCAGCAACUCCACGGAUACGGACUGAGUCCGGCGCACUAUCUGCCAGGACUAAAUUUCCACCACCCACCGGAAAACAGUGCCCACCACAGCCAACCCGGUCCCGCCGGUGGCGCCUCACCAGCAGCAUCUCUAUCGGCUGCCGCAGGGAUCCCUACCGCCGGGCAUGCUCCUGGCGCUGGACUGCUCGCCGCUCCAUCCCUGUCUAUGCAGAAUCUGGUAACCCUGCUAGCCGCGCCCUCCGCCCACCACCAACUGACCCUCGCCAACGCCACCGCCCACCAUCAAACAAGCAGCAGCACCACCACCACCGCCACCACCAACAACAACAACCACACAAGGUCGCAGCUAAUGGGUCACACGGCCACGCCCACUCAGCCGGGGGGCGGGGGCCAAACGCUGACCUUGAACGCGCUGUGGCCUACAAGUGCUGCAGACCCCUAUGCAUCCUCCCUGAGCGGACUUUCAAAUGGAGCUGCCUACGGUGCCACAUCGCAACCUCUGACAGCCAGCGCCCUUCAAGCGGCAGCUGCGGGUGUGGCUGGCAAGCAGGUCGAAGGUCCCGAUGGCAGCAAUCUAUUCAUUUAUCACCUACCUCAGGAGUUUAUUGACACGGAUCUCGCGUCGACAUUUCUGCCCUUCGGCAACGUACUGUCGGCCAAGGUGUUCAUCGAUAAGCAGACCAACCUGUCGAAGUGCUUCGGCUUUGUGUCCUACGACAAUCCACAUUCUGCCAACGCGGCCAUCCAGGCGAUGCAUGGCUUUCAAAUCGGCACAAAGCGGCUGAAGGUCCAACUGAAACGUUCCAAGGAUGCGGCCAAGCCGUACUAACAUGGCUUAAAUGGGCGUGGCCAAGGCACCCAAAGCACACCAAUAAUUCACAAAAAAAAAAAAUGGAGGAAACUAGUUUAAACAAUUGUGCCUUUAAAGCAAUGUUCUGAAACCAAAGGACCAAUUACAAAAUGUAGAUUUUAAGUCACAAAACUAAAGAUAAAUAGAAAGCUUACAAAUCAAGUUCUCGAGUGCACAAAAAUGAACCGCAAAAAUCAACCCUACCAAAGAAGUGGCUUAGAAGUUACAUCCUUGUUUCAAUCACAUUUGCUGAAGACCAUCAACCAUUUUCAUGAAAUCUAACUUACUGUUCAACGUGGUCGGCAAACAAGUCCUAAAAAUACAAUUGAACCAAAAUAAAAUGCAACCAGUUUCAUGCUACGUUGUGGCGCUAAAGUAUUUUUCAAAGCCAAAUAGUUAAGCAAACAAAUCGAGAAAAUCAACACUGAAGAGGGAAACUAUUUUUUGCACUAAUCAAACGAUACAAUUUAGAAAAUUAAUGUUUAGUUAAAAGUUAAGGAAAUUUUAUAAUAAAAUUGAAUAGAGCACAAGCCAACAAAAACAUUCGAAAUUCCGUUCGUAGAGAAAAGCAAAGGGAUAGUAAAACAAAUACACUAAAAAAAUGCAUUAAAAGAGCUGUUAAAAACCAUGUGAAAAGCAAAAAACAAUUACCUAAAUUGUUUUACUAAAAGGAAGCCAAGAACUUAAUAUGCGUCGAAAAAUAAUUCACUUUUAGUUUAACCUCUAUAUCCUUCUUUAUUUUAAAUCUAUUUUGUAUGCACAAAUAGUUUUAAACUAAAACAAAAUCCGCAGCUAAAUUUUGUCAAAUAUGUACUUAAAUUGCACUUGGCGUAAGAGAGCAAAUAUAAAUUUGAAAAAAGUCAGACAUAUUAAAGUGUAAGCAAAUUAGACUAUAAGUAAUUUAACAUUUUACUGAAAGGUGUAAAAAGUGAAGCAAAUCAAGUGGUUUCAAAAAUUUAAAAAUAAAUAUUAAAAAUAAAUAAUGAAUAUUAAAAUAUA